CAGCGCUGCAGCAGUUCCGCUGAAUGUCCGUUUGUGAAACCAGGAGGAUUACCGAGCUACACCCCGGGACGACAUCGGCUUCCGAAGUGUUUCCCGCCGCCCGGUCUCACUGUCUGCCACUGCCCACGGACAGCCUUACUCUUCAGCCCACUUCUGAGAUUUAGGGAUGAACUGAGGAUGAAUGUAAACCAGCACACUCCAAUGGCCUCUCCGUACGGCCAGCCCCAGCCUGGCUACGUCCAGCCCGGCUACGCCCCCCUGGAUGGGGGAUACCCCGCACCCUACGCGCCCUACAAUGGCCCCACCUCAGCCUAUCAGCCUGGGGCCCCACCACAAGGUUAUUCUCCUUUCACAAGCUUUCCCUCUAAGGCUGUGGCACCCAACCCAGUCUCUGACCUCUCCUCUCCUCUUGACUUGGGUCCUGCCAGGGGUCCCCCCACCUCUGGACCUCCCCCCAUCUCAGCGCCUCAACAGUAUAACCAGUACAGUCAGAGUCAAGGGGAUGUGCAGAAUGGCCCCCCUCCUUUGACACAGGCACCACCCAGGCCUGCUGUGUCUCAGCCGUACAACCCGGGAGCCAUGAACAUGUCGGGGCCGCAGCCCACCUACCCCCAGCAGCACUAUGGGCCUCCACCCACAAUGCAGCAGGUUACCAACCAGAUGACUGGGAUGCAGAUCUCCUCUGGACCUCCCACAGCCGCGGGGCCAGGAUAUGCUCCGCCUCACAGCUCCCAGCCGCCUGUCAGCACCGCCUACUCGGCCGCGCCGCCGGCCUCCUACACACAAGCCCCUCCCCCUGUGUCCUCCGCCCCGACCCAGCCGCCACCCCCGAGCGGCCCCGCCGCUUCUCAGCAAUACUACGGCGGCCCGCCGCCUCCUUCUCAACAGCCAUUCAGCUCGUCUCUGCCCCCUACCUCUCAGCAGCAGUUCACCUCCUCGCUGCCGCCGCCUCCUUCCUCCCAGCAGCCCUUGCCUCCCUCCUCCUACUCGGGUCCGGCGCCUCCCCCCAGUCAGGCUCCGGCUCCGGCUCCCCCGGUGUCCCAGCCGCAGCAGUCCUUCCCUCCGCCCCAGCCCCCGUUCUCCUCGGCGCCCCCUCCACCUGUCAGUCAGUCUGCCUUCACCUCCGGCCCCCCUCCACCCUCUGCCCAGGGCUCCUUCCCGCCGCGAGCCCCGCCUCCUUCCUCCCAGCCGGGGUCGUUCCCCCCUCCCGGUCCUCCUCCCGCCUCGGCCGCCGCUGGCCAGUACCCCGGCCCGAUGCCGCCCCAGCAGCAGCCCCCUCCAUCCCAGCCAUCCCCCUACUACUCAGGGCCCCCUCCCCCAAGACCUCAGAUGCCCCCCACCUCCAUGGCUCAGAGUAACCACCUGCCUCCGGGCCCUCUGGGCCCCCCUGGACCCCUGCAGCAGCAGCAGCAGCCCCCCCCUCAGCCCGGCAUGCAAACAGGAUACCCUCCCCAGCAGAACGGUGCGUUCGGGCAGGUCCGAGGCCCCCAGCCCGGCUAUGCUGGCCCGUAUCCCGGGCAACCAAACUACGGAGCCCCCGCACCGGCCCCUGCCCCCCCUGCACAGAAGAGACUGGACCCGGACGCCAUUCCCAGUCCGCAAGCGUCUGACAUGCCGGCUGUGCAGAAAUCAAGACAUAGAAUAGAUCCAGACGCUAUCCCCAGCCCAAUCCAGGUAAUAGAGGACGAUAAGGCUAAAAGCACUGAGCCAUUCACCACCGGGGUCAGAGGUCAGGCACCGCCGCUGGUCACCACCACCUUCCAGGUCAAAGAUCAAGGGAACGCCAGCCCCAGGUUCAUCCGCUGCACGGCCUACAACAUGCCGUGCACGGCCGACAUGGCCAAGCAGUCCCAGGUGCCGCUGGCUGCCGUCAUCAAGCCCCUCGCCACGCUGCCGCCGGACGAGACCCCUCCGUACUUGGUGGACCACGGCGAGGGGGGCCCGAUCCGCUGCAACCGCUGUAAGGCCUACAUGUGUCCGUACAUGCAGUUCAUCGAGGGCGGCCGCCGCUUCCAGUGCAGCUUCUGCAGCUGCGUCACAGAGGUGCCUCCACAUUAUUUCCAGCAUCUGGACCACACUGGGAAGAGGGUGGACUGCUACGACAGGCCGGAGCUUUCACUGGGCAGCUACGAGUUUCUGGCCACCGUCGAUUACUGCAAGAAUAACAAGCUUCCUCAGCCUCCAGCCUUCAUUUUUCUUAUCGACGUGUCGUACAACGCUGUGAAGAGCGGAAUGGUCAACAUCGUCUGCCAGGAGCUCAAGAACCUGCUGGAUUACCUGCCGAGGGAGAACCCAGAGGUGGAGUCGGUGGUACGGGUGGGCUUCGUCACCUACAACAAGGUUUUGCACUUCUACAACGUGAAGGCGAGCCUGGCGCAGCCCCAGAUGCUGGUGGUGUCGGACGUGUCGGACAUGUUCGUGCCACUGCUCGACGGCUUCCUAGUGAACGUGAACGAGAGCCGGCUAGUGAUCGAAAGUUUGCUGGACCAGAUCCCAGAGAUGUUUGCAGACACCAGAGAAACGGAAACGGUGUUUGGACCGGUCAUCCAGGCUGGACUGGAGGCUCUGAAGGCUGCUGACUGUGCGGGGAAGCUGUUUGUGUUCCACACCUCUCUCCCCAUCGCCGAGGCUCCUGGGAAACUAAAGAACAGGGAAGACAAGAAGCUGAUUGGGACUGACAAAGAAAAGUCUCUGUUUCAGCCACAAGUCAGUUUCUACAACACGCUGGCGAAGGAGUGCGUAGCCCAGGGCUGCUGUGUGGAUCUUUUCCUCUUCCCCAACCAGUACGUGGAUCUCGCCACGUUAGGAGUGGUCCCCGUCUCCACUGGCGGCUCGAUCUACAAAUACACCUACUUCCAGGCUCAGUCGGAUCAGGAGCGGUUCCUUAAUGAUCUCAGGAGAGACGUUCAGAAGCUCGUCGGCUUCGACGCCGUCAUGAGGGUGCGAACCAGCACAGGAAUCCGAGCGACGGACUUCUUCGGCUCUUUCUUCAUGAGCAACACCACGGACGUGGAGCUGGCGGGCCUGGACUGCGACAAGGCCGUCACCGUCGAGUUCAAACACGACGACAAGCUGAGCGAGGAGACGGGGGCGCUCAUGCAGUGCGCAGUGUUGUACACAAGCUGCAGCGGGCAGCGGCGUCUCCGUGUCCACAACAUGGCCGUCAACUGCUGCUCGCAGCUGGCCGACCUCUACCGCAACUGUGAGACGGACACAAUCAUCAACUUCUUCUCCAAAUACGCUUUCCGAGGCGUCCUGAACAACCCCACGAAGGCAGUGAGGGACACGCUGAUCAACCAGUGCGCUCAGAUUCUGGCCUGCUACCGCAAGAACUGUGCAAGUCCCUCGUCAGCCGGGCAGCUGAUCCUCCCGGAGUGCAUGAAGCUGCUGCCGGUGUAUCUGAACUGCGUGCUGAAGAGCGACGUGCUGCUGCCGGGAGCCGACGUCUCGCUGGACGACCGGGCCUACCUGAGGCAGCUGAUCAGCUGCAUGGACGUGGCGGACACCCACGUCUUCUUCUACCCCCGCCUGCUGCCGCUGCUGAAGCUGGAAAGCGGCUCGCUGCCGGUGGCGGUCCGGGCCUCGGAGGAGAGGCUGUCCAAAGGGGGCGUGUACCUCCUGGAGACGGGCCUGCACCUCUUCCUGUGGGUGGGCGCCAGCGUUCAGCAGGAGCUGCUGCAGAACAUCUUCGGCACGCCGAGCUUCAGCCAGAUCGACUCCAGCCUGACGAGUCUUCCGGUCCUGGACAACCCCUUCUCUCAAAGACUCCGGGAGAUCAUCGACUCCUUCAGAGCACAGCGGUCGCGAUACAUGAAGCUGAUGGUGGUGAAGCAGGAGGACCGAGCCGAGCUCAUAUUCAGACACUUCCUGGUGGAGGACAAGAGCGCCAGCGGCGGAGCGUCGUACGUGGACUUCCUGUGUCACAUGCACAAGGAGAUCCGCCAGCUUCUCAGCUAGGCCGCCGCCGCCGCCCCCCCCAGCUCUCACUCCUCCACCUGUAUGAGCCCCACCACAGACCCCCCCUCCUCCUCCUCCUGUCACUCCUCCAUGUGAACGAAAGAAAGAAAGAGCGCUUUAUCCUUUUUCUUUUUCUUUUUUUUUUUUAAUCUUACAAACUAAAAUUCUCCUUGCUGUGUGUCAGCUGAGACAUCUGUGUGUGUGUGUGUGUGUGUGUGUGUUGGAGAGAGGGAUUCAUAAAGCGUUUGUCUGCCUCCGAUCUGCCGCUCCAUCACAGCAGGAGUGAAACACCCCGAGGAGGAAGAGUCACGUUUAGACACAAGUGAACAAAUAACGUAUGCAACAGAGUGAGAGGGCGAAGGACUGGAGUCACUGUACUGUCUCCUCACUACGAGCACUGAAAGGCUGUUUCGGGCGCAUAAAGGGCGCUCAGACAGCAAACUCUUUCUUCUUUUUUUUUUUUUCUUUUUCUCCUUUUUAUAUAAGAUUGAAUCCCGAUAAGAGUGAAGGACGUCUGCCUACACAAUGGAGUUAACUAAACGCUGUUUUUUGUCAUUUAUCCACUUUAAUCAUGGCCUUAGUAACCCCCCCCCCACCAUGCUGCUGCGAUCAUCCCGUGUGUGUGUUUGUUUCCAGAUGUGAGCGGAUUAGUGACACGCUGCCCAAUAAACGACUCCAACUGCACUUUAAUUUAAAAAAAAAAACAAAAACAGCAAAAAAAGAAAUCUGGUUCCCGAGCGGAUAAAGAGUGAAGGUGCAUAUGGUCGAGGCUAACCGGUAGAUCCCGAUUUGCUCCAAUCAGCCUCAGUUUCAGAAACAUCUGGCGUCCAUAAACCAGAUGUGCUCUUUAGAUUAUUUAUUAUCCAAGAGGAGCCUCUUGUUGGUCUAUGCAGCUCCGAGGAAAUCAACAAGACGACAGCUUUUCGUUUCGGAGUCAGGUUGUUCGGGAGCCCCUCUCUCCGUUCCUUCCUUCCUGUGAUUGAUUUUUGUCUGCCGCGGACAGAAGUGAGCACAUGGCGACAGCAGAAACAAACAAAUCAGUCCGUGUUUGCAGAUUUCCAGCUGUCUCUGCACUGAAAAAGUCAAAAAGCUGUUCGGUGUGUAAAUAAAAAAAAAAAAGAAAGAUAUAUAAUCUGUACAGAAUUAAUAGAAAAAUAAGUUUUAAAAGGAAAAGACCAGCCUGAACAGCUGAGGGUUGUUGGCAGGUUGUUUUCUCCGUCACAAAUAGCCUAAAUAAGAAAUGGCGGCUUCUACUGAAGAGAGGAAGACGGGCCUUUUGAUAAGUAUGUGUGAGGCGUUUGUGUGUGCAGGUGUGUGUGUGUGUGCGUGCGUGUGUGUGUGUGUCAGAGUGAAUGUGGGGUCGGUCCUGGUGAAUUUCUCAAUAUAAGGAACAGAGGGAUCAGCCAACACGCACACACUCUCUCUCACACACACACACACACACACAAACACUACCCAUGAGAUUAAAUCCAGUCUUUAUUUCUAACUUUAGUUUCUUUUGUAACGAUGUGACUUUGUGUUCGGUGUGUGUGCGCAGCCCUCUGUUCCACCUUCACUGACUUUGAUUCACCCGCCGUCUCGACUGUAAUUUUCUGUUCUGUCCCUUUUUGUUUGUUUUCUUUUGAGUUUUUCUUUCCAUUUCUUUUAUUUUUUUUUCCAUUGCCUCCUGGGACUGCUAAUAAAAUGAUUGUGGAAAAAAAAAACAAAAAAAAAAAGGAAAACGUGACACUCCGGGCUGUG